GACAUCCCCGCUGGCGCUAACACUUGCCUUCUGGGUCAGCCAACGCACGUCAGCAUACUGACAAAGUCUAGACACAGGGACUGAUCGACUCGACGCGCGCCCGCAUUGAACACAUUUUUGUCGUCUACGCUUCUCGGCAGUAGCUCAUCUCGUCGGUUGUCGGUCAAGCGUCGUCAUCCCCGGCGUUCGCAUCCCAGUAGCGGACGUCCAACACAUCUACCCGUCUCCCUCGAGCCCCAAGAUCCCUACAAGUCUUGCGCAUCGACUUCUUCUCCCUGCUGCGUCCAACGAAGUCCCAAAAAAAUGUCGCCAUCCUCGAGCUCUGCUCGCGACGCUCGAGCAGGUCCAAGCAAAGCCCCACCACGUCGCACCACACGUCAACAAUCGCAGUCCGCCGCAGCGAGUGCGAGUGCACGUCCUUCAACAACUGUCCAAGGUGCUGCUACGAGCGCAAGCGCCUCUAGAGAUUCGAUUUCUGCAGGACCUAGACCAGCUUCAGCGUCAAGAAGGCGGGUACAGGACGAUCAGCCUCUCCAAGGUGCAUUCAUGACGCCCCCCAAUGGCGCGGCUGCUCCUCGCAUUGCAGGUUUGGGGCGUGGCGGAGACAUGAUGAACAGCUCAGACGCGCAUUCUCGCGGCGCGGGGUCAGACCCAAGCACGAGUAUCAGUGGGUGGACAGUCGACCCCUCGCGAGGAGGUGCAGGGAUGAGCACGCUGGAUCCUUUUCACCGGACCAGCCCAAGUACAAAUUUACCAGCGCCAUCGGGUGCGAAGGCCAACCGCUUCUCAAAUCUUCGUGCUAGCGCCAAUGCUCGUAUCAAUGCGGAAAGAAAUGCAGAUGGAAGCUUGAGUGCUGCUGGAGACUCGGAUGAGGCAGACGGGAGCGGCCUCUUGGGUCUGAGCCCUGCUAUGCAUCUCAAAUUCGCAGCCAAGAGGACCGUAGCGCGCGCAAGAGAGAUUGGAGAUCUAGGCUUAGGAAGCGCAAGCAAUGGAUCAGCAAGGAAUUGGGAAGAAUCAUCGGCAAUCGAUGAGAAUCACGGUAAUUCCAAGGCUCACAAUACAGAUCAGGAGGAGUCAGCCGCUCAAGCGGCGGCAAUCAGCGCAGACGGCAGUAUUAUCAUACAUCCGGAAUCGGGUCCAGCAGAAGAAAACCUGCAAGCAGCUGGCUUGCCCGAUGUGCGAGAGGCAGAUGACGAUGAGCUGAGCGCCAUGCAGGGUGACAGGCUUGAGAUGAUGCUGCAUAGAAUGCGCAGGUGGAGGCACGACGCUGCUAGUCACUUUCUGUUCGACACUGCCAUCUUUUGGGGAGACAAGAUACUGCAUCUGGAAUCUGGGACAACCGCAUGGAACGAUGCGUUUCAUUUGGCGACUUACUACUUCCUCUCGCACCGCUAUGCUCAAGCAGAGCACCUCCUCAUGAAUCCUUUGCGCAGGAACAAAGCGCGACGGAAAGACAAGACACGCCAAGAUCACCGAUCUUCUUCUCGCGAAAAGGCCGCCUCUGAUCCUCUUGGGGAAGCUUUGAGAGCGACGCGCUGCUCCAGUCGGCUGCCCAAGCAUCUGCUGAGCCCGCACCGAAAUACAGCAUCGAGUGCAGGCGUGGACUUUCCAGAAUGGCAUUUGCAGUCAGACCAUCUAACGCAUACGGCUGACGACGAGAUGGAUGAGAAUGACGCUGUGGAUGGGAGAAAAAGAAAAGAGAGAGCUUUUACUGUCAGCGGGACAGGCACUGGCAGCGAGUCGGAUGAUGGGGCGCCAGCAGAGCUGAGGACCCCCCAGAGGGAUCCCAAAUCGUCUACUGACUUGGGCUCCGGCAGCCGUGACACAGCAUCCCGAGAACAGCUUCCUGAUAGCGGCUACGAAGAGAUUUUCGAUGUUGCGGAGGACGUGCCAGCCCCGGACGGACCCACCCUUGCUAAAGAAAGUGCUCAGUGUAGGUGGCUAGCAGCUCAAUGCAUGGCCCGGCAAGGCAAAUAUCACGAAGCGCUCGAUGUCCUUAGCGGCUGGAAAGAGGAUGCCCUGGAUAAGGAUGGUGAGUCGAAGGCUUGCGUUUCAUCAUUGCGCUUCGGAGACAUUCAAUGGCUCUUGCGGCCCCCCUUUCCCCUCUCCCGGGCAGAGAAGUACGGCUUCAAAGCACCGUCGGUGGAUGGAUGCAUCAAGCUCAGCUCAUCGAAGUGGCAUCUCCGAGGACAGAUCUCAAUGCGUCUGGAUGAGAAGGAUCAAGCGAAGCUGAGCUUCAUGAGAGCACUGUCGCUCGACGUGCGGAAUUUCGACGCUUUCUCCGCCUUGAUAGAUGGGAACCUAUUGGGGGCUGAAGAGCAGUGGGAGUUUGUCAGAGGACUGGAAUUUGUGGCUCAAGCAGGAGGCGAUGAAGCUAGUGUAGAAGCGCACGAGAUGGUCCGGCUACUCUACUAUACGCGAUUGAACAAGUUGGGGCGACUGCACGCAAAGGAGACGGCUUUGGCGCGCAAGAAGCUCCUUUCUGCCUACCCGCUGCAAAACAAUGCGGACGUGCUGCUAAGUCUGGCCGAGAGCCUCUUUGUCCAGAUGAGGUUUCAGGAUUGUCACACUGUCACAAAAAGGAUCUUGGACAUUUCUAGGGACCAUCAAGCUACUUUGCCCCUGCAUAUAUCCACCUUCUUCCAACUGCCACACCUGCGACCCGCUCUUUUUUUGUUGGCUCAUCACCUUUCGGACACGGAUCCUACUUUGCCCGCUGCUUGGUAUGCUGUCGGGAUGUGGUAUGCCUGCGCUUCGAGGUGGUUAGAGGCAAGACGCUACUUUAGCAAAUCGGUGCACCUAGAUGCUCGAUUCGCGUACGGGUGGAUAGCCUUUGCGCACACAUUUGCGCUAGAAGGAGAGUCCGAUCAAGCUGUCACUUCGUACUCCACAGCAGGCAGGCAUUUUCCUUCGAGCCAUCUGCCAACUUUGUUCAUCGGCAUGGAGCACUUGCAUCAGGGCAAUCUAACUCUUGCCAAGCUUUUCCUGGAUGCUAGCGCGAAACUUUGGAAUGAAGAUCCCUUGCUCCUGAAUGAAUUUGGGGUGGUCGCUUUUCACAAUGGCAACCUUUCGGAGGCAGUGGAACAUUUUGUCAAAGCGCUGCAGCUGGCGGAGCAAGCGCAGCAGCCCGCUCGCGAGUGGACAGCGACGCACCUGAACCUUGGGCUCGCUCAUCAUCGUCUCGACAAUGCGACCCUCGCGGCCAAAUCUUUUCGACGCGUGCUGCAGCUCGAUCCUUUCAAUGCCGAAGCAUAUACGGGUCUGGGCAUGGCGUCGCACAGGAAUGGUCAAAUCUCCUCGGCCAUAGGCUACUACCACUCUGCUCUGUCCAUUGAGCCUAGGGAUGCGCACACAACACAAUUGCUAGAUCUUGCGUUGCAAGAAAACGCUCUUGCUGAUCCCUUGGGAGCUGGCGGUGGAUUGUCGGCCCAGCUCGCAGACGAGUUGCAACUGGGAGAUCAUGCCAUCGAUCGAGGGGGCUCCAUGACGCAAAGACAAGACUUCGAUGAUACGCCGGCUGUCGACCGUACCGACACGCGCAGGAAUUCGGAGAGCUCGCGCCAGCUUGGCACAAGUAGCAACUCGGCCCUUCGGCAAGAGCAGGACAGCGUCUCUAUGGAGAUGGACGCAAGCGAUGCUUGAAAUGCUACAUCAUGCUGUUUGUAAGCCUCACAUUCAAUUUAGUGU